AUGACCAUCAUCGAUACCAGGCUGGACCUGCCAUCGCUAUUCAAGAAGCAGGUCCUGGCGACCCCCGAUGCUCUGGCUUUGGAGGAUGAGAAAUCUACAUAUACCUAUGCCGAGCUUGACAAGGAAGUCGAGGCUCUGUCCAUUCGGCUGCGGCUUCGCGGGGUUGGCCGAGACACUUUGGUUGGAGUGCUCUUGCCUCGGAGUGCGCACUACGUGAUUGCGUGCCUGGCAGCUCUUCGUGCGGGAGGUGCCUUUUUGGUCCUGGAGCUUGCCUAUCCCCCGCAACUCCUCGCUGAUGUCAUUGAGGAUGCGAAGCCCGCUGUCGUGAUCACCCACCAAGCAGAGGCUGGCAAAGUGCAGUCCGAUUGCCCUGUCAUUUCCCUGGACCUGGCGACCCCCGAAGAAAACUACGAUCCCUCAGAGUUGCCCCCGUUGCCGGCGGAGGACGAUUUGGACCGAUUGGCAUUUGUCUCCUACUCUUCGGGUACAACCGGUAAGCCCAAGGGAAUCGCGAACCCCCAGAGAGCCCCGGUACUUUCAUACAACCUGAGAUUUGCAGUACAAGAUUUGCAGCCUGGAGAUCGGGUGGCUUGCAAUGUCUUCUUCAUCUGGGAGAUGCUGCGCCCCCUGUUCAGAGGUGCCACAGUGGUUUGCGUCCCCGACGAAGUUAGCUACGACCCCGCCGCGCUAGUCGAUUUGCUUGAAGCCAAGAAGAUCACCGAAACCCUCAUGACCCCCACCCUCCUGGCCACCGUACUUGCACGCUACCCUCGAAUUGCGACUCGUCUGCCAGAUCUACGAACUCUUUGGCUCAAUGGCGAAGUGGUGACCGCCGAUCUGGCUCGCCGCGGUAUCGGCACUUUGCCCGACACCCGCUUCCUCAACUGCUACAGUGCAUGCGAAACACAUGAAAUUGCAUGCGGUGAUAUCCGCGAUCUGAUUGAUACGGAGUCCAAUUACUGUGCGGUUGGUCCGCCUCUUGUUCAGACGUAUAUCCUUGACGAGAAUGCGGAGGAAGUGGAAGCGGGUACUGCGGGUGAGCUAUUUGCAUUUGUUCCUAACAAAUUUGACUCCAGGCCCGGUGCGCUCAUGUACAGAACCGGCGAUUUGGCACGCAAGUUGGACUCGGGCCAUCUCGAGAUCACCGGCCGCGUGGGUGCCAUGAUCAAAAUUCGUGGCUAUUCGGUGGUCCCAGCCAAGGUGGAAACUGAAAUUUACCAGCACUUGGCCGUCAGCCAUUGUGCCGUCACUGCUCAUGGUGAUGGCCUUGAUCGUCAGUUGUGCGCCUACGUCGUGGCCGCUGAGAAAGAUGCAUCUGACACUCGGCCAGUGGUUGAGGUCAAUGAGUCUGGACACAGCCCGUCCGCUCGUCGCGUUCUCGAGCCUCAUCUCGCUCACUACAUGAUUCCAUCCAUGUGGGUUGUUAUGAAGGAACUGCCCACUCAUGAGGUCUCUGGCAAGGUUGAUCUCAAGAGUCUUACUCCCCCUCGCACCCCAAGCCCCAUGGGUGAUCGCGUGGCGGAGAAGGACCCGAUUGGUAUCGACGAUAUCGCGACCAUCUGGGCAUCUGUCUUGAAGAUUACCAAGUCUAACCUGAAGCCCGAGGACAACUUCUUCGAUCUUGGCGGACACUCUUUGUCGUUGGCAGACCUUGCAGGCCGGCUGUCUCGUCACUUCGGCUUCCGUGUCGCUAUUCCUCGACUCGCAGCGAAUGUUACCCUCGCUGGUCAUUUGGAGACUGUGCGUGCGAUCCGAGAUGGCCACACUGCUGCCGUGCAAGCAGAUCUUCCCGCUGUUUUGCUCGCCGAUGCCACCCUUGACGAGGAGAUCAAGCCUCCCGCGAAUGCAUCACUCAAGUCGAUUGCCUCGGCUGAUACGGUGUUUUUGACCGGUGUGACUGGUUUCCUGGGUGCUUUCCUGCUCAGUGAUUUGCUGGAAAACACUUCGGCCAAAAUCAUCUGUAUGGUUCGUUUCAAGGACCCCGAAAUGGACGACCAGGCUGGAGGUGUGGCUCGUAUUCGCCGUAACCUUCUCGACUUUGGUCUCUGGCGAGACUCAAUCAUGGAGCGCGUCGAGGUUCUUCCUGGUAAUCUGUCGAGACCCCACUUCGGUUUGUCGCCUGAGGCAUACGACGAACUCGCUUGUCGCGUCCAAGUCAUCGUCCACGCCGGAGCUACUGUCAACCUUGUUUACCCCUACGCAGCGCUGCGUGCUGCCAAUGUUGGAGGGACUCGCGAGAUCCUUCGGCUUGCAGCCAAGAACGGUGCGACCGUCCAAUAUGUUUCCACAAACGGUGUCUUGCCUCCCUCUGGAGAGAAGGGCUGGCCUGAAAGCACCAUCAUUGAUAUUGAGGAUGUCCCUACCAAGCUUGCCGAUGGUUACGGUCAAACCAAGUGGGUAGCCGAGCAGCUUGUUCUCAAGGCUGGUGAGCGUGGAUUGCCGGUCAAGAUCCAUCGCUGUGGCACUAUCAGUGGCCAUAGUCUCACUGGCUCAGCCAAUGCGUGGGAUCUGUUGACUGCGUUGAUCGUCGAGUCUAUCAGGCUCGGCUAUGCUCCUGAGGUCGAAGGCUGGAGAGCAGAGAUGACUCCUGUCGACUUUGUGAGCAAGAGCAUCAUCCACCUGGCCACACAAACCCAGACAAAUCAAACGAUGUUCCACCUGGGAGACCCCGAUCCGGUAAACAUUCGAUCCGUUUUCGAGAACCUGACCACGCUUGGAUAUCCCACCAAGCCUCUCCCCUGGGACGAGUGGGUAGCUCUCUGGUCCGAGAAGCGAGGCCUCGCCAAGGGUGGAGAUGGUUCAUUCACUGUCGACAUUCUUCGCAGUGGCAUGCCGACUGUGGAGUUCCUACGUGGCAUUGUCGUCCUCGACAACGCCUUGACGAGACCCUUCCGAUCGGCAGUCGAGCGACCCAAGGUGGAUGCGCUGCUGCUAGAAACAUACACUCGCCACUGGUUCGCUCGAGGUUGGCUUCCCCGAGCACCCAUUCGUCAGCAAGCUCUUGCUUCCAAGCCCACUGUUCGAGGGCCUCUGAGCGGAAAGGUCGCUGUCGUAACUGGCGCAUCCUCAGGUAUUGGCGCAGCUGUCGCCUCUGCCCUGGCGAAGGCAGGAUGUGCUGUUGCUUUGGGUGCUCGCCGCCUAGACGCUUUGGAAUCUGUCAAGCGCCAGGUUGAUGUCCACGGUGUCAAGUGCGUUAUUCGAUCCACUGAUGUCACUAGCAAGACCCAGACCGAAGAGCUUGUCAAGGCAGCUAGCGAAGAGCUUGGCCCCGUGGACAUUCUCGUCUCAUGCGCUGGUGUGAUGUACUUUGAGAUGAUGAAGAACACCAACUUCGACGAGUGGGAACGCACUGUCGAUGUCAACUGCAAGGGUCUCUUGAAUGCCCUCGGGACCACCGUGCCCGGCAUGCUUGAGCGUGGCAGCGGUCACAUCGUGGCUAUUUCCUCGGAUGCUGGGCGCAAGGUCUUCCCCGGCCUGGGUGUCUACUCAGCCAGUAAGUUUUUUGUGGAGGCUACACUCCAGGCACUGCGACUUGAGACCGCCGGUGCUGGCUUGCGCGUAACUGCCAUCCAGCCUGGUAACACAGCCACUCCAUUGUUGAACAUGUCCACGGAUACAGAAGCUGUGAAGAAGUUCGGAGAGCCCUCUGGCGCCAGAAUUCUCGAGCCGUCUGAUGUUGCGAAUUCAAUUGUUCACGCUCUUUGCCAACCAGAGUAUGUCUCUGUCAAUGAGAUCCUGGUUGAGCCUCGCGAUGAACCUAUUUGA